GUGACCACUGACCCCUGAGUGACCCUGAGUGACCCCUGAGUGACCACAAGCCAGCCAUUCACUGACCGCUCCCUGGUCACUCCCUGGUCACUCAGUGGUCACUCAGUGGUCACUCAGCGGUCACUCACUGACCGUUGCAGGUGGUCAUCCCCGUGCGGACGCUGGCCCUGCUGGGUGUCCACACGCUGGUGCUGACCAACGCCGCGGGCUCGCUCCGGCCGGAGCUGACCGCCGGUCACCUGCUGGUCAUCCGCGACCACAUCGACCUGCCCGGCCUGGCCGGCCGCUCGCCCCUGGUGGGGCCCAAUGACGACAGGUUCGGGCCGCGGUUCCCGGCCAUGGCGGGCGCCUACGACCCCGCGCUGCGGCGCCUGGCGCUGGCGCUGGCCCCCAAGGAGCUGCGGGCGCGCUCGGGGGUCUACGUGGGCGUGGGGGGGCCCAGCUACGAGACCCCCGCCGAGUGCCGCUACCUGCGGCGGGCGGGCGCCGACGCCGUCGGUGAGGAGGGGGCUCGGGGGGCUCGGGGGGUCCUGAAAGAGGAGACCCGAAAAGGCCCAAAUCCGGCCCUAAACCGGCGUGAAUGCAGACCCAAAACUGCCUCAAAUCAACCUAAAACUGCCCCAAAUCCA